AUGCCAUUUGCUCAAUCUCUACUCACGAAUACCGCCGUCCCGGCCUCAGAGCGACAGGACGCGCUGAACCGCAUCCAUGCGGACCCUGGCAUUCCACAAGAGACGACAACGUCGUCCUUUUGGCUGCAAAAGCCACAUCCCGACUUUGCCCAGCGCUCUUCAAAGCGACUGCCCCCAUCGGCCGAUGUCGUUAUCAUUGGCUCCGGAAUCACCGGCGCCUCCAUCGCCCGCACGCUGCUCCAAAACCGGGCUCCUUCCGCUUCGCCAACUCCAUCCCAUCCAGCUGUGGUCAUGCUGGAAGCGCGCGACAUCUGCAGCGGUGCCACUGGUCGCAACGGGGGCCAUAUAUUGGAGACGGCAGACGAAUACGCCGAACUGGCUGACGUAUUUGGCGAGGAUGUCGCGCGCAAGACCUUGCGGUUCCGACUGGCUCACCUGCGGGAGAUUUUAAAUGUGGCGGAGGAGCUUGGGCUGACAGAAGAAGCCCAAGCCCGGAAGGUCCGGUUUCUCAGCGCAUUCUUUGGCGAGCAACCCUGGAAGGAAGCCCUUGAACGACUGCGGCGCUUUAAGAACGGGAUGCCAGAGGAAUCCGCGGAGUGGGUUGCGUAUGAAGGAGACGCUAUCCCUGAGGAGUUCAAACUCUCGCGUGCCACCGGCAUUGUGGCCGGUCCCGCAGGUGCCCUUUGGCCCUAUAAAUUUGUGACGGGCGUCCUGUCUAAACUGCUUGAGGACUACCCAAAUGAAUUUCGGGUCGAGGAUCAUGCAGCUGUGAAAUUGAUUCAAAGUGAUCUGACUUCAAACCAGCCAUACCGGAUUGAAACCUCUCGGGGCACCAUCUCCGCGAAACACGUCAUUCACUGCACCAAUGCCCAUGUGGGCCAUUUAGUUCCCGGACUCCGGGGGCGUAUCUUCCCGCUACGCGGUCAAAUGUCCGCUCAGACUCCUGGAGACCAAUUUCCCUUGCAAGCCGCAAAACAUUCGUGGUUGUUCACAUACGAACGCGGCUUCGAUUACCUGACCCAGCUGCCAGAGGGGCAGAUGAUGUUCGGCGGAGGAUUCGCUAACAGCGAGGGUGGCGGGGUUGCCGAUCUGGGCAUUGCGACAGAUAACGAUAUGAGCCUCUACAUAGAUAUCCACUUAUCUGGAGCCUUGAGUGCGGUAUUCGGCCACAAGUCCUGGGGUCGCGUGCACGGCGAUCAAAUCCAAGCCAUGUGGACGGGCAACAUGGGCUUCAGUGCAGACGGAUUUCCAUGGGUUGGACAACUGCCUAGUUCUAUGACACAGCGUGCUGGGCCGACAAGCCCUGCUGGCGGCGCUGAAUGGGCUUGUGCUGCAUUUGGGGGUGAGGGCAUGGUACAAGCCUGGCUGUGUGGGAAGGCGUUGGCAACUAUGCUUCUGACGAAGGGAGGUCAACUCGCUGCGACUGCGAACGCCGAUUUGUCAUGGUUCCCAGAACAGAUGCUCAUUUCUGAAAAACGAAUUGCCGAAGCCCAAUUGCCUAAGAAUGUGGUGGAUUCAAACCGCCAUUCUAAUCUUUAG